UUCCACAUAACUCCUAAUGGCUGCCAACUCAUCAGAAUGUUGACAAACGAGCAAUACAUGUUAUAAUCUUUUUAGAAAAAUAUCGAUUUACUAUCAACUAUUUAAGAGAAAGUUGUUUAUUGUUGUCGUCGAAUAGAACUAAAGUACAAUGAAAAAUAUCAACAUUGGAAUAAUUCUUCUAAUUUUAAUGGUAACCAAUGUCAACUGUAUCAGCUGGUACUUGGAACCAAAUACUCACAAGUGUUUAAAAGAAGAUGUUCAAGCAAACGUAAUGGUUACAGGAGAAUACGAUGUUUCCGAAGCAAUGGGUCAAAAAGUUGAUUACGUGAUCAGAGAUACCAAAGGACAUAUACUUUCUCAGAAAGAAGAUAUUCCACAUGCAAAAUUGUUAAAGUUUUCAUUUAUUACCGAAACAGCGGAUACCUUUGAAGUAUGUUUCAUUUCGCACGUGCCAAGUCAUCAACGUGGUAUGAAACAAGAAAUUACGCUUGUUACAAAACGUGGCAUUGAAACGAAAAAUUACGAAGGCAUCGCGGAAGCAGCCAAAUUGAAACCCGUGGAAGUAGAAUUAAAACGCUUGGAAGAUUUAUCCGAAGUUAUAGUACAAGAUUUUGCGCGAAUGCGAAAGAACGAAGAGGAAAUGAGAUAUACUAAUGAGACAACCAAUGCUCGUGUCUUGUAUUUAAGUAUAUUAUCUAUAUUUUGCCUUAUAUUACUCUCUACUUUGCAGGUGGCUUAUUUAAGACGUUUUUUCAGAGCGAAGAAAUUGAUAGAGUAAAAAAUGUAUUCUUUCCAUUUGGUAAUAACAUAUUCAACGAUAUGUUGCAAUUCCGCGUGAAAUUACAUUUUGGAAAUGUCAAAUAAUUUUUUUAAUAAUCGAAUUGUAUGAAAAAUACCUGAAUAUGUCAUGCGUAUCGUUAAGAUUGUUGUACAAAGUGAUAUCCAAUCGUCUCAAUCCAAAUUUGAAGUUUUCUAUUCUCGAUUGUAUAACUUUGAUUAAAGACACGCAUAUUGAAUUUGUCAAGUGA